AUGCCCCUGGCAUCGCCCCUGCCACGGCUGCCGUGGGGCCGGCCCGCCCUGACGGCCGUGCUCACUGCCGGGCUGUUUGUGGCCACCCUCUGGAACCUGAGGUUCUUCCUCCACCCCUCCAAGGUCUCCAAGCACAGGGAGCCGUUGGUGGUGCUGGUGUGGGAGUGGCCCUCGAAGCAGGUCCCCAACAUCAGCGGGGACGUGUGCCGUGAGCUGUACGGCAUCGCGGGCUGCCGCCUCACCACGCAGAGGUGGCUGCUGGCCCGGGCAGAUGUGGUGGUGUUCCCACACACCAGGCUCCAGGCUGGCAGGGGCACGCUGCCCAGGGAGAGGCCGCCGGGGCAGAACUGGGUGUGGGUCUCCCUGGAGUCCCCCUCCAACACUAAAGGUCUGGCGGGAUGGAACCAGACCUUCAACUGGGUGAUGACUUACAGACAGGACUCAGACAUCUUCAUCCCCUAUGGCAAGCUCGUGCCCAGCCCCUCGGCCACGGUGAACAUCCCCACCAAGACCAGCCUGGUGUCCUGGGUUAUCAGCAACUACCACAGGACUCAGAAACGAGCCAAGGUCUACAAAAACCUCUCCAAGUACCUGCCGGUGAACAUAUACGGGAAAGCAAACAAGAAGCCACUUUGCAAGGAUUGCCUCUUGCCAACAACAUCCCAGUCCAAGUUCUACCUGGCCUUUGAGAACUCCAUCCACCGGGACUAUAUCACCGAGAAGCUUUGGAGGAACGCGCUGAUGGCUGGCACGGUGCCCGUGGUGCUGGGGCCUCCCCGGGCCAACUACGAGAAGUUCAUUCCUGCAGACUCCUUCAUUCACGUGGAUGACUUCGGUUCCCUGGCAGAGCUGGCCACGUUCCUGAAGAGCAUGAACUCCAGCCGCUACCAGCAGUUCUUCGCUUGGCAGCAGAGGUUCAGGGUGAAGCUCUACGCCGACUGGAGGGAGCGGUGCUGGAGGGAGCGUUCCUGCCCCAUCUGCCCUGCCUCCCCCAGCCUGUCCCGUGGCCACCUCUAUCCUGACUUGGAGAGCUGGUUCAACACCUAG